UCGUUCUGAAGUUUAUUUUAAACUGGAGGGCUCAAAUUUUAUGGGCCUGGAUAUCUACCACAAUGAGUUGUUUGUCACGGACUGGGGAGAUGAACAACAUCUGGCAGAAACAACACACAUCUAUCGCAUUGGCAAGAAUAAAACGAGGACAACUGUACAAGUUAAUGGAAGAGUAGACGAUGUUCGUGUCUAUGCCGAGGAAACAACACGUAAAGGACCAAACGGAUGGGACAACAACAACGGAGGCUGUAGAUACAUCUGUCUACCAACUCCUGGGAACAGAAGCAAGUGUCUUGUUGCGUUAGACAAGUCACAUGGUUGUGGUGAAUAUGUUUCCCCCAGUGGCUUCAUUUCGUCUCCAUCCUAUGCUAGACAGUCCAUGGAAAUUGAGGAUUGCAUUUACAUAAUAAAGACAACACCAGGCUAUCGCAUCACCUUAACAUUCCUGACACUUGAAACUGAAGACUGCAGAUUCGAUUUUCUGCAGAUCCGGGAUGGAAGCUCCGAGCUGUCACCGUCUAUGGGUGUCUUCUGUAACACGAGUGUUCCGGACAGAGUGAGGUCCACGUCUAACACCAUGUGGAUCAGAUCCCGGUCUGGCUCACAGUCAGGCACUGGCUUCAAUGCAACUUACUCAUCAGCAAUCAUUCCACAAAAGUUUCUCCUUGUCACUGACACUUAUAACGGCAUCCAUCGCAUAGACAUCGACACGGGAAGUAAUGUUACAAUCAGUCCUGAUGGUCUACGGAACCCAUUCGGUAUUGACUACGAUCCAGUAGACGGUCGUGUCUAUUGGUCAGAGAAAAAGACCAUUCGAUCCGCUAACCUUGAUGGCAGCGAUGCUCGGCUGGUUCGCAGUAUUGGUCAAGGAGGUGACCUAUGGAGCCUUUCUGUGGACUCUGUGUCGAGGCUACUAUUCUACGCCGACGAGGGCAACGAUGUCAUUGGAAUGAUAUCACUGGACAACAACAGUCAUCAUAUUGUCGUCGAUUCAGAUAUUAGUCAGCCUGUGGACAUCGAACUCGACAAAGACAAUGGUGUCAUCUACUGGAGUGACUACAUCAGGGAAAAAAUAGAGAGGUGUAACUAUGACGGCUCGGACCGUCAGACACUGAUUUCUGCAUCCAGGUAUCUUAAAGGUCCUUAUGGUCUUGCUUUGGACACAGAAGGGAGGAGACUUUACUGGGCAGAUAGAGACACACAGCUGAUAGGAUGGACGGAUUUGGACGGCAAACGUUCUGAAGUUUAUUUUAAACUGGAGGGCUCACAUUUUGUGGGCCUGGAUAUCUACGAAAAUGAGUUGUUUGUCACAGACUGGGGAUCUGAAAAGGGUCUGCCAGAAACAACACACAUCUAUCACAUUGGCAAGAACGGAACAAUGAGGGCCGCCGUACAAGUUAAUGGCAGAGUAAACGAUGUUCGUGUCUAUGCCGAAGAGAGUACACAUACAGUAUCUACCCCACCAGUACCAAAAAGCGAUCACAUAAUAAGAAGUGAAGAUACAGACUCUGAUGGCGCUAAGACUUCAAUCAUUUUGGUCGGCGUCAUCGUUCCCUUGGUAGUAACCGCUGGUAUCGCCACUCUCAUCGUUUUCAUCAAAAAAAGGAAAUCAGAUCAGCAAGCAAUCGGCUAGAGACACAUCAACAACACUCAAAACAGAAAUCGUUGCUUAUGAAGCAAUCCAGGGCUCAACUGGUCCAGAGAAAAACAUUCUGAGCUAAGUGUGUGUCUUCUUUUUCUAAUGACUUAAUAGAACUUCGGCAAAUUACUAUUUUUCUCAAAUCAGGAUGAAUCAACCCCUUCCAUUCAUACUAUACAUGCCUAAAAGCUCACCAUACAAUGACAGAGGUACGUGUACUCGUGGAUACUAAGAUACACCCACAUAAUAGAUACAAGACCUCCAUACAUCCACCGAUCACCCUGUCUUUACUCUCGGUGACUGUAAUAACUGUUGUCACUGAUAAUCUUUGCUAAGAGGAGGAUUUAAGAAUAACUGAAGUAAUUGUAUCGGCGUGUGGGAUGCGACUGUCUGUUGUUUAUUGCUUGUGACAUCAAAAGAAAGAUUUCUGUAUUUGUUGUAAAAAAAAAUAGACAAUAACGAUGUAUCGUCUUGUAUUACCAUGACAAGCCCUUUUAUUCAGUCUAUAAUAUGUAACCUAUUUGUCUGUUACAAACUAGAAAACCUAGCAGACUACCAUCAGCAAGUCAUCAGCCUGUUGUGGUGACUGACAAGAUCAACAUCAGACAACAGGAGACAAGGUGUUUGCUGGAACACUGGACAUCAUUUCCACAGAGAACUUCAGACUGAGCUGCUCUGUGUGUGUGUGUGUGUGUGUGUGUGUUGACUUCAAUCAAACCAGAGUUUUCGAUUAUUGUUUAAGCUCUUUAAUUCUACUCUACCAGUACCAUUUAAUACAGAGAAUUUGUGUAACAGGGACAUAAGACUGAAAGCUAAGCUCCUGUGGGAUGUAACUUUUCCACAAAGUCACCCGGAGUUUCAUUUAAUACUUUAACCGUUAUGUUUGGAUUAUUUUAUAAAUGAGACGAUACCGGCGUGUGUAAGACCUAAUAACAUCACGAUUUAACUCUCUUGACAGACUGCAGACAGGAAGGGAGGUAGCUGUUCGGUGAAGAGGCAAUAGCAUCCUGCAGUGGUAAUGAUCUAAUGACAUGAAAAUGAAACAAUCCUCGAAUUAUGUGGGUCUGUUAGAGCUCAAUUAUUGUUCACUAAAAUUUAAGAUUGCAGAGGAAACUUUCAAAGUACAUUAUAUUGUUGUAUAGCACGAAAUACAACCAUUAUGUCUCUGUGUUGAUAACAAACUUGUGAAAACAGAAACUGUAGCCUAGCCUGGUAUUAGCUGUCUAAGGGUAGUAAGAAGGAUGUCUUAGUAGCAUUUAUCAUGAAAUACUUUACAACAUGACACUAGGUCAUAGACAUGAUGUGUGCUUUUUAAUAAAACAUGUGUCUGCCGCUUAACGCAUAUUGCUACAUCAGGUCAUAGCUAUAAGCGGUUAUUGGAGGGGAAAGUUUUUUGUUUCAUGCUGAGGCCACCUAGUGACAGAUAUUCUUUUGUUUUCUCCACAGGCUUGUCAUCUUUAACAUCUUCGCCGUCUUUAUUGUUUUUGCCAUCCUAGUCAACUUAACUUCUUAUUUUCUUCUUAUCUUCGUGUGAACUUGUCGACCUUUGUCUGGUGCUUGUCGUCGCUGCAUUUCUUAAACAUCAUCUCAUUCUUCUUCGUGCUUUUCGCUCCGGAGUGUGCGGAGUCUCAACCGUUCUUUUCCGUCCUCCCUUCAUUUCUUCGUUCCGUCGCCUUCGUCAUGGCAGCUCGGACUGUGGACCAGCAAAGUGUCCCUGCGCACAUAUAUCAGACAGUGCACUGGUGGUCAGCGCGAGAGUGCGGCGAAAGGCCACAAAAAGUGAAGGAGACAGUGUCAACAGAACACAGUGUAAACAGUGUCAACACAGUACACAGUGCUUUACAUCUAACGUUAGACCUGGAGUUCUCAGGGACGAGAACUCUGAUGGUACUGCGCAGUGUGUGCUGGUGUAUUUUUCAUUAUCUCCCUUACUAACAUCUCUACCGUUUUUUUAAGCGUGUCUUUCUUGCGUGUGUGUGUGUACGCGUAUGUGUAGUUCUCUACCUUUUUUUUUUUUUUUUACUUUUCCCAUUUGUAUCUACGUGUGAUUAAACUUCAUAUUUAUACAGUUCAUUUCGAAUUUGUUGUGCUCUACGUUCAUCAAAAGUUCAUGUCCCGCCUCUGGCUGAGCGAGUGGCUGUGUGUUUGUGUCGACUGUGUGAGCGGUUGACAGCGUGCAUCCGGCGACGCUGGGGUCGAUCUGGGACAUGAGGAACUUAAAAUCAGGUCUGGUUAUUCAUGAUACAAAGUGAGAAAUAGGUUUGUCUAGUAAAUGGUCUUAACAUUAAAGUCUUUCGUAAAAAUAUCGAAAAAAUUCAUGUCAGAAAAGAAGGCAGUGUUGCUGAUACCAUUUGUCUACAUUACUCUUGGCGACCACUUGCUUCCAUCUACGGCAGGAGGGUAGCAUUUGAAAAUGGCGAUAUAGUGGGUGAGAAUGGUCUGUGAUGAUGCUGACCGCUUUUAACCUCACAGCCCUGAUGUGUAGAUUGUCUAAAGGCCUUUGUGGAGAACCAAUGAUCUUACUGGCACUCUUGACCACCCUCGUCAAACAAGCUUUACCUUUGACAGAGAGAACGCCAAACCACAUUGACAUAUUAAAUGUUAUGAUGCUGUCAAUGAGGCUGCGAUAUACUAACUCGAGGACAGGGCUACUGACACCAAAAUUCCGCAAUUGCCUCAGCAGGAACAGGCGCUGAUGUGCUUUCCUGGAAACAACUCUGGUGUUUUUUCUGAAAGGACAAUUUGUUGUCUAGCACUGUGCCGAGGUACCUAAAACUUUUCACCUGUUGUAAUACCUCAUUAUCAAUAAUUAUGGGGGUGUGAACAGGUUUAUAGUUUCUUCUGUCAAGGACCACUUCCUUAGUUUUGGAGACAUUGAGCACCAGGAAGUUUUCUUCAAACCAUGAGUGUAAUUUCUGAACCUGGAGGAAAUAGCUUGCCAGUGACUCCUCAUCCUUGAGCCUAGCAACCAAUGUCAUAUCGUCUGCAAACUUAAUCAGUGAUAGGAAACAAUUUGAGAAUUCCGUCCUGACUUCACUAGUAUAAACAGAGAACGAUAUCGGGGACAAAACACAACCCUGUGGAGCUCCGGUAUUUAUGAUCAGAGUGUUCGAGAUUGUGCCUCCCAAGCUGACCCUUUGUGGCCGGUCCCGGAGAAACUCCCUCAUCCAGAGCACUAGGGUUGAGUUAACAUUUAGUGCUAGGAGACGUUGUAAAAGCAAAUGUGGCUGAAUGGUAUUAAAUGCAGAUGAAAAGUCCAUGAAUAGAAUACGGGCGUAUGUACCAGUGUCAUCCAGGUGGCGAAAAACGCUGUCAACCUCUUACAGUUAAUUCAGGGGAGGCAAUUUCACAAUAAUUGUAUAAUAAACUGAGGAGUUACUGCCCCUGACUUUUUAUGCCCAAACUUUAUUUCCCAGGAAAGAAAGAAAAUGAAUAGCUCCAUCGAGUGAAGAAAUUGUAUUCUUGUGUUCGCUUCAUGCAAAGGCAUUUGUUAUCACCUGAUCCCAGUAAGUCAACCCACAGAGAAUAUCAAAAAAGACCAUUGAAGCACCUAUAAGCUAUAAGCUAGUAACCGCGAUCAGUGAGCAUUAAUUAUUCAUUACUAUGAUACAACAUGGUCACUGUCAAGAGUAAUGCAUGAUUAAUAAAUGUGUUUUAUGUGAAACUGUUGACAUCAUGUCCACCAAUUUAAUAUUCUGAAUUCUUCUAGCUCCAACAUUCUGCGUUAUACCUCUUGAUGACUUUACAUCCUUGCAUGGUAAGAUACUCAUAUAUUUCAUGUCAACUGGUUAAAAACAUCUGCAGUAGCUAAGCUAAAGCAUUGAUGAUAAGAGUAGACCUCCCUGUUGCUUCAAUAACAAGAGGUUUAUUAUAACCUUUAUUUACAUUUUAAGACCGUUGACUGCAGCAGUUUUACUCUUGACACAUCUUUUAUUAACUUGCAAUAUAAAGUUCUGAUUGUGCACUGCAUGUUACAUAAAAAUUAUAAGUUACUUCACCAAUUGUAUCAAUUAGUGGAUAAUAAUGAGGCACUGUGUUCCUUUAUAACAGA